ACCCGGGAGGGGCUGUGGGGCUGCAGCUCCGGCGGUCCGGGCUCCUAGCCUCGCGAUUGCGGCUCGCUGGGAUGCUCCGGCGCGGGAAAAGCAUGGGCGACGCUGUGGGAGAGCGCGGUCGCCUCCGGCGCUACCCCAAGCUCCCAGUGUGGGUCGUGGAGGAUCACCAGGAGGUCCUGCCUUACAUAUACCGGGCCAUUGGCUCAAAGCAUCUUCCUGCCAGUAACAUAAGUUUUGUGCAUUUUGAUUCACACCCAGACCUCCUUAUUCCUGUGAAUAUGCCAGCUGACACAGUGUUUGACAAGGAAACACUUUUCGGAGAAUUAAGUAUUGAGAAUUGGAUUAUGCCUGCAGUUUAUGCUGGCCAUUUUUCUCAUGUGCUGUGGCUUCAUCCCACAUGGGCUCAGCAAAUCAGAGAGGGCAAACAUCACUUUUUAGUAGGCAGAGACACUUCUACCACAACAAUCAGGGUUACAAGUACAGAUCAUUACUUUCUAAGUGAUGGUCUUUAUGUAACUGAAGACCAGCUAGAGAACCAAAAACCUUUACAAUUGGAUGUAAUUAUGGUAAAACCUUAUAAACCCUGUAACAAUCAAGAAGAAAAAGAUGCAGUGUCUUCUGCUAAGAAGCCAAAGCUAGCACUGGAAGAUGCAGAAAACACUGCCUCUACUAAGUGUGACUCUUAUUCAGAAGGACUGGAAAAGGACACAGUGACAGAGAGGAGGGACCAAACCUGCCUAGAGCAAUCAUGUUCAUGUUCUUCUGAAAGCCAAGAAUGUCAGACUACAGUCAGCACUGGGGAGAUUCUGGAAAUUUUGAAGAAAGGGGAUGCAUUUAUUUUAGAUAUUGACUUGGAUUUUUUUUCAGUCAAGAAUCCCUUCAAAGAAAUGUUCACUCAGGAAGAGUACAAAAUCUUACAAGAGUUGUACCAGUUUAAAAAACCUGGUACCAACCUGACAGAGGAAGAUUUGGUAGAUUGUGUUGAUACUCGAAUUCAUCAGUUAGAAGAUUUAGAAGCUGCUUUUGCUGAUUUAUGUGAUGGUGAUGAUGAAGAAACCAUACAGAAAUGGGCUUCCAACCCUGGAAUGGAAUCACUAAUUCCACUUGUACAGAGUUUGAAAAAACGGAUGGAAGUACCAGACUAUGAAAUGGAAAGUGUAAAUGAAUUAUUUUUUUUAAAUGAGAAGACCUGAAAAAAUACAUAACUUUUUAGAAGUCAGAAUACUGGAAAAGUUUUCCAGAAAAAAUAAGCUUUUCCCAAUUUUAUGUAUGAAGCAAAAGUGCUGUGUAUGUUUUUAUUUUGUCCCUUAUUUAUUAAUUCGUUUUCAUAGUCCCUUCCUCCUCCUUUCUUUCCUCUCUCUGAAGACUUUCCUGAUUGUAAAAACCAAGAGAAAGACAAAAAGGUGCUCUGGCAAGUGCAUCUCAACUGUAUCAGCUGUAUCACUGACUUUGUUUGCCAACAGUGAUCUGAAAGCUAUGGUAAAAGUGGAUACCUCAAUGAUAAUUGCUUUUAUUUUUAUAUCAUUUUGCAGUUUUUGAAGCAUAAAUUUUCCCAUUUGAAGUUCAAGUGUCUUUUUAGAUUUUGUGCCAAAACUGAGACCUGCAAGUCUUCUUUUACUCCUGGUGCUUCUUUGACUUCAAUAAAUUGUGUUUUUGCUCUCGUGUUUUCUUUAGUUGUGGUAUACAAUCAAACCUCCUUAUUUGAACUGAAGUUUAUGUACUGAUUUAAUGCCAACUUUAUAAGAAUAAAAAAAUACUAAUGAAAGAAUAUUUUGGUUAAAUUGGAGCUAGUCCAAAACCCACUUUUUUUUUUUAGUGGCAAUUUUUAAGAAUGAUAAGAGUUGGAAGAUACUUAGGAUUUUAAAAUGCUUUCAGCUUGCAUGGCACUGUUGAAUGUGUUUUCAUGCAGGUCUGCUGUAAAUGUUACAUUGCAUCAGGAUUUUCCAGUGGUAGAUGGGGUUUUGGACAUUGCUGAAAGAAGGAAGGGAUAGAAUGGUCUUGAUUGCAGAUUAUGGAAUCAAAUAUGAUGUGCCUAUAGCUGCAGGAUUAGACCACUAAGUGUUUUGAUCCUUUCAAUAGAAAAGAACAUGCACAUUCUGUCAUUUUCCUACAUUGAUUGUUCCUAGUUAAAAUUUUGAUGUGUAUCCAGAGCCUUCAAUAAAAUAGAUUAAUGGGGGUUUUUUCCCAUGCUUUGCACUCAUAUACACUAGGCAAAACAGUGACAUAUUGAGUUCCGUUUUUCAAAACUUCAAAGCAGAGGAUGUAAAAUGUUAGCCCAUGAGCCACUUCUAACUUUCAGGCAUAGUUGAGUGCUAAGACUGGAACACCAGUCAUUGACAUUUAAAAAACACAUCUAUAGAUGUCAGUAGUAUGUGAUUGUACAUAUAAAGGAUACAUAAGAAACUGGUAACAGGAGAAAGACUUUCCCUUAUAUCCUCCUGAAGCUUUGAACAUAGUACUAGAUUAGAGGCAUGUGUCUAAAAAAAAAAAAAAAGUUGGAAAGAAGAGGUAAGAUGAGAAUAUGUAUAGUUUUAUAUCCGCUUUUAGAAUCUAGGUGAAAUGGAUAAUUUGCUAGAAAAUAGGAAUUAUCAAAAUAGACUCAAAGACAGAAACUGAAUUCAAAAUUACAAAAUUAAAAAGUAGUUAAAAGAAUUAUUCCUAUAAAAGACAUCAGACCCAAACAGCUGUACAGGCCAGUUCUUCCAAAACUUUAAAGAAUAGAGAACUUCUGUGGCACAGAAACUACUGAGGAAAAAAACAAUCCCAGUCCACAACAAUAUUAUAAGAUUUGUCAGCAAGGAUAUUAAUGGUUAAAGAAUCUUCUAAAAACAAUAAAGACUUAACAGGGUAAUUUUUAAUUUUCUUA